AUGAGUCAAAAUCCAAAUACGAGCCAUGGAUCAACAUCAAGUGAAGAAUAUGGUAGUGAAGAAAAUGAAAGUCAAUCAUCUUCUUCAUCAGAAGAAGAGUCAGAUGAAGAUGACGAUGAUGAUGAUAAUUCUCCUGCCAAAUCAGGUGUGAUAGAGAAAAUCACAUUAAAGAACUUUAUGUGUCAUGAUUCUUUACAAGUUGAUCUUGGACCCCAAAUAAAUUUUAUUAUUGGUAGAAAUGGAUCAGGUAAGAGUGCUAUCUUGACAGGUAUAUCAGUUGGAUUAGGAGCUAAAGCUACUGAUACUAAUAGAGGUAAUUCAAUUAGAGAUUUAAUCAAAGAUGGAAGAUCAACUGCCCGUGUUUCAAUUACUUUCCUUAAUGAAGGUAUUGGAGCUUAUAGACCUGAUUUAUAUGGUAAGAGAAUUAUAGUAGAAAGAAGACUUCAAAGAGCAGGAUCUAAUUCUUAUUCAAUUAAAUCAGCCUUGGGAAAAACUAUAUCUACUAAAAAGUCCACUCUUGAUGAAAUAUUAUAUAAGUUCAGUAUAACAAUUGAUAAUCCAUUAGCAUUCUUAUCUCAAGAUAAAGCAAGAGAAUUCUUAACUUCAACCACUGAUAAAACCAAAUAUGAUUAUUUCAUGGCAGGUGCUUUCAUUAAUGAUAUUUUAUCCAAUUAUGAUGGAACUGUUCAAAAUAUAGUUCAAGUUGAUAGUAAAGUUCAACAAGCUAAGGAUUAUUAUCAACAAUGUUCUAAAGAGUAUAAGGAUAUUGCCAUAAUUUAUAAUAGACAUAGACAAUCAGAUUCGUUAAGACAUAGAUUAACUAGAUUACAUGGAAAAAUACACUGGUUUAAUGUUCAUCAAGUUGAAUCAAAAGUUCAAAAUUAUCAAACCAGAAUGACUAAGUCAUCGGAAGAAAUUGAAGAACUUAAACUUGAAAUUCAACGAUGUGCAGAUGAUAUGAAACUGUUGAUUACUAAGAAAGUCGAAUUUGUUGAUGAAAAUAAUCGAUUAGUUGAACGUUACUCUACCAGAAGAAAUGAAUAUGAAGAAGCUAAAAGUGUUAAGACCAAUUUCUAUGAAAAAUUAGUUCAAGCGGAUAAUGAAAUCAAAAAGCAUCGUAAAGAGAUUGAAUCGAUUCAAAAGAAAAUCAAAGAAAAUGAAAGCGCCAUAAAGAUGGAAAAGAGACGACUUGAUGAAAUCAAUGGUGGUUCAAAGGAAACUUUACGUAUAAAAUUACAAGAAUUACAAGAAGAAAGAGCUCAAUUAAUAGAAGAAAAAGAAGAAAUCAGAAUGGCGGUAAGAGAUUUACGAGAAUCAGAAGAUCCUGAAUUAAGAGAAAUUAUAAGUUCUAUCAAGUCUAGUACUGAAAAUAUUAAUGGAUUAAAAGAUAGAAUGAGAGAAAUGAAAUCUUCAAAUCAUGAUAAAUAUGCUGCUUUUGGUAGAAAUAUGAAACAAGUCGUCAAUGCUAUAAAUCAAAAUAAGAACUGGCAUACUAAACCUAUCGGCCCAAUAGGGAGUCAUAUUGAACUUAGAUCAGAAUAUAAUGAAUGGAGAGCCUUAAUGAAUACAGUUUUGAAUAAGACUCUUGAUUCAUUUAUCGUUACCAAUGAUCAUGAUAGACAAGAAUUACUUCGAAUUUUAAAAAAUCAUCGACUUUCAAAUCCUAUUAUUGUCAGAAGAUUUGAACAAUUUGAUUAUAUAUCAGGUAAAGCUAGACAUACUACAUUUUUGGAUAUGGUUAAAAUCAAUAAUGAUAAUGUAUUAUAUACCGUGAUUGAUAAUAGUUUUCUUGAAAAAUCAAUCAUAACGAAGGAAAGAAAUCAAACUACAUCUUUGGUUCAUGAACAAAAUGUCAUGAAUGUGUAUACUUUAUUCUCCAAAUCUUCUGGUAAUAGAACUAGUUUGAGUGGGAAUACAACCAGACAAGAUCCUGUUUAUUAUAAACAAUAUUUAUCCAAACUUGCUUCUGGAUCAUUAAAUUCUGAAAAUGAAAUAAGAGAAAUAGAAGAUGAAAUAGAAGAAGAAAUCCAAUCUAUCAAUGAAAAUAAAAGAAAGAGAAGAGCCAUUGAAGUGAAACGAGAAAAUAAAGCUCAAGAUUUAAGAGCUGAUUUUAAAUCAAAGGAAAAAUUAAUUGAUAGAUUACAACAAGAAAUUGGAAAUCUUGAGAAUAAACUUAAUGAAGAUGGUGAUGUUAGUAGACUUGAAUCCUUAAUAGUUCAAAUUGAUGAUUAUAAAAUUCAAAUUUCCAGAAAUGAAGGUGUUAUUUCAUCCUUUAAUGAAGAAAUUGGAUCUCAAAAGGCUGAAUAUGAUAGUAUUGUCGAAGAUUUAAAACAAAUUAAGAAUGAUGUUAUUGUUCUUAAAGAUCAGAAGGAAGCUGGAGAAGAAAAAUUAAGAGAUUUUGAAACUGAAGCUACCGUUAUUCAAAAUACUAUUCAACAAUGUGAUAUUGAAAAGAAUACUCGUGAGAUUGAAGUUAAACGAUGUGAAUCUAAAAUUGAAGAAGGUAGUAUUAAAUUACGAGAAUUGAUACAGAUUGCUGAAGAAAAAUGUGAUCGUGAAGAUGUUGUAAUUACCGCCGAAGAUACUCAAGAAUCAAUUGCCUAUGAAUAUUCCGAUGUUCAAAAUCAAAUCAAGGAAGCUGAAAAGGAAAUUGGUAAAUCUUUAGAAGAAGUUCAACAAGAUCUUUUAAUAGCUAAAGAAAAGAGAAAUAAAGCGAAUAAGAUGUUAGAAGAAUUAGAUCAAACCUGUCGUAAAUUGGAUAAAGAUUUAAACAUUAGAUUCAAUUUCUUACAUACUACUAUUCUUUCCAGUGUACAACAAGCUAGUAGAACUUUUGAAAAUGCUUUAGGAUUAAGAGGUUUCAAAGGUACUUUAGAUUUUGCCUUUGAUAAGAAGACCUUAACUUUAUUAGCUCAAACUAAGAAUGAUAAAGAAAAGAGAACGGUUGAUUCAUUAUCAGGAGGAGAAAAAUCAUUUGCUCAAAUUGCGUUAUUACUAUCGAUUUGGAAAAUUAUGGAUUCUAAGAUUAGAGGAUUAGAUGAAUUUGAUGUUUAUAUGGAUUCGGUUAAUAGAUCCAUUAGUAUUAAAUUAUUAUUACGAGAAUUAAGAAAGUAUCCUAAAUCUCAAAAUAUCUUCAUUACACCUCAAGAUAUUGCAGUGGUGGGAGAUAUCGAUAGUAAGGAUGUUAAAAUUAUAAAGAUGCUGGCUCCAAGAAGUGAUUAA